AGGCAGUAACAGUGAGUGUGCAGCUUAGCGAGUCUCCCCACACACACACACGCACACCUACACUCACUCACACACACAUGCACACACACAUACUGCACACGACUGUGGUGGUUAGUCCGCUGCUGCAUGUGCGGUUGUAAUACCAUUUUCAGGUGGGAGGAUUUUCACAUCACGGUGAUGGUGGUGAUAACCUUGCUGCCAUCAGUGAUGGGGAAGACCACCAUGUAGAGACAGAGAGGCAGCGGAGGCAACAGCAGUAUAGCAGCAAUGGGAAGUCACACAUGGAGCGGGUCUGGACUGCAGCCGUGGUGAGCCUGAAACCAACAGGACUUGCAACCACCAUCAUUGCCCCUCUCAGGAGCUGACCACUGGGGCUGUCCAACGCUCACCUGGAUGCUCCCCACUUGUGUUUCGUCAUCCCCUCCUCUCCUCGUUCUCUGCUGCUCUUACUCUUCUUCUGUUUCUUCUUUUUGAUGGUUUUUGGUCUAUUGAUAUCUGACAGUCUCCCCUGAAACUGAUCAUCGAUUUAUCCUCUUGGAACCCCCCCCCCCCCCUUUUUAAUCCUUCUAUCUGCCUGCUUUACCUCCAAGUGGCAUUGUUUUUUCUCUUUUUUGGUUUUUGUUGUCUGCUUGAUAUCUAUUUUGGAUUUUUUUUUUUAGAUGAGACUGAGCUCAUCUCUCUCAUGUGCAAGCUUUUUAAUUGAUAUUUAAGCAAUAACAAACACUAAUCUAACUGAUUUGAGAAGCUGACAUCAUGGGGGACAUGUCCAACAGUGAUUUUUAUGCCAAGAACCAAAGAAAUGAGGACAACCAUGCGGCAGGCUUCGGCUGCUCUCUCAUGGAGCUGCGCUCGCUCAUGGAGCUGCGUGGCACAGAGGCGGUGGUCAAGCUCCAGGAGGACUACGGGGGUAUAGAGGGACUGUGCAAACGACUGAAAACCUCACCCACAGAAGGUCUUGCAGGUGCCCAAACUGACCUGGACAAGAGAAGAGAACUAUAUGGUAAAAACCUGAUACCUCCAAAGAAGCCAAAAACCUUCCUGCAACUGGUAUGGGAGGCCCUACAGGACGUCACCCUCAUCAUCCUGGAGAUCGCUGCCCUGAUCUCCCUGGGUCUCUCCUUCUACCACCCUCCUGGACAGCACGGUGGAGGAGAGUCGUGUGGCAUGGCAGCAGGUGGGGUAGAGGAUGAGGGUGAGGCGGACGCCGGCUGGAUCGAGGGCGCUGCUAUCCUGUUGUCGGUGGUGUGUGUGGUGCUGGUGACAGCCUUCAAUGACUGGUCGAAGGAAAAGCAGUUCCGUGGUCUGCAAAGCCGCAUUGAACAGGAGCAGAAAUUCCAGGUUGUCCGCGGAAGCCAGGUCAUACAGCUGCCUGUGGCUGACAUAGUAGUGGGGGAUAUCGCACAGAUCAAAUAUGGUGAUCUGCUUCCUGCUGAUGGAGUGUUGAUCCAGGGCAAUGACUUGAAGAUUGAUGAGUCAUCACUGACCGGGGAGUCUGAUCACGUCAGGAAAUCUGCAGACAAGGACCCCAUGCUGUUGUCUGGGACCCAUGUGAUGGAGGGGUCAGGGCGCAUGGUGGUUACUGCUGUUGGUGUCAACUCUCAGACUGGAAUCAUCUUCACCCUACUGGGGGCCGGCACAGAGGAAGAAGAGAAGAAAGAAAAGAAAGGAGGGGCAGUGGAAGACGGACACCAGAACACAGACUGCUCCCAUCCCCCUAUCCACCCCAUCGCAACUAUAGCCACGGAUGGGGCUGCAGGCAUUAAUGCCCCUGGCAGUGCCAGCCUAAUUAAUGGUAAAAUGCAAGAUGGCAAUAUGGAGAGCAACCAGAUUAAAGUAAAGAAGCAGGAUGGAGCAGCUGCCAUGGAGAUGCAACCUCUAAAGAGUGCUGAAGGUGGAGAGGCUGAUGAGAAAGAGAGGAAGAAGGUGUCCGUUCCAAAGAAAGAGAAGUCUGUGCUGCAAGGGAAGCUGACUAAGCUGGCUGUCCAGAUUGGCAAAGCAGGUUUGGUAAUGUCGGCCAUCACUGUCAUCAUCCUGGUCCUGUACUUUGCUGUUGACAACUUUGUGAUGCAGAAGCGCCCUUGGUUGCCAGAGUGCACUCCUAUCUACAUCCAGUACUUUGUGAAGUUCUUCAUCAUCGGUGUGACCGUGUUGGUGGUGGCUGUGCCGGAGGGGCUGCCGCUGGCUGUCACCAUCUCCCUGGCCUACUCUGUUAAGAAAAUGAUGAAAGACAACAACCUGGUUCGUCACCUGGAUGCAUGUGAAACGAUGGGCAACGCUACAGCCAUCUGCUCUGACAAGACAGGCACGCUGACCACCAACCGCAUGACGGCUGUGCAGUGUUACGUUGGAGAUGUGCACUACAAAGAAAUUCCAGAUCCCGGAGCUCUUCCACCCAAAUCACUGGACUUACUGGUCAAUGCCAUCUCCAUCAACAGCGCCUAUACCACCAAGAUACUGCCCCCAGACAAGGAAGGCGGUCUGCCGAAGCAAGUGGGCAACAAGACAGAGUGUGGCCUGCUGGGAUUGGUCUUGGACCUGAAGAGGGAUUACCAACCAAUAAGAAACCAGAUUCCAGAAGAGAAGCUCUACAAAGUCUACACCUUCAACUCUGUCAGGAAGUCCAUGAGCACUGUCAUCAAAUUGUCUGAUGGGAACUUCCGCAUGUACAGCAAGGGAGCUUCUGAGAUUGUGCUUAAAAAAUGCAGCCAUAUCCUGAACGAGGUGGGUGAGCCAAGGGUUUUCCGCCCACGGGACAAGGACGAGAUGGUGAAGAAGGUGAUUGAGCCCAUGGCGUGUGACGGCCUAAGAACCAUCUGUGUGGCAUACCGUGACUUCACCGGGGAUCCUGAGCCCAACUGGGAAGAUGAGAACAGCAUCCUCAAUGACCUCACAGCCAUCUGUGUUGUUGGGAUUGAGGACCCUGUCAGGCCAGAGGUGCCUGAUGCUAUCCAGAAGUGCCAGCGUGCUGGCAUCACAGUGCGCAUGGUGACAGGAGACAACAUAAACACAGCCAGGGCCAUAGCCAUCAAAUGUGGUAUCAUCCACCCAGGAGAGGACUUCCUCUGCAUCGAUGGCAAAGAGUUCAACCGGAGGAUCCGUAAUGAGAAGGGAGAGGUGGAGCAGGAGCGUAUUGACAAGGUUUGGCCCAAACUCAGAGUUCUGGCCAGGUCUUCCCCAACUGACAAACACACACUCGUCAAAGGAAUUAUUGACAGUACUAUGGUAGACCAAAGGCAGGUGGUGGCUGUGACAGGAGAUGGCACGAACGAUGGCCCUGCACUAAAGAAAGCUGAUGUUGGCUUCGCCAUGGGUAUUGCUGGUACAGAUGUGGCCAAGGAGGCGUCCGAUAUCAUCCUGACUGAUGAUAACUUCAGCAGCAUUGUCAAGGCAGUAAUGUGGGGCCGGAACGUCUACGACAGCAUCUCUAAGUUUCUUCAGUUCCAGCUUACUGUCAAUGUUGUGGCCGUCAUAGUGGCUUUCACUGGUGCCUGCAUUACACAGGACUCUCCCUUGAAGGCAGUGCAGAUGUUGUGGGUGAACCUGAUCAUGGAUACUUUUGCAUCACUGGCUCUGGCAACAGAACCCCCCACAGAGUCUCUGCUGAGGAGGAAGCCAUAUGGUCGCAACAAGCCUCUCAUCUCCAGCACCAUGACAAAGAACAUCCUCGGACAUGGAGUCUAUCAGCUCAUCAUCAUCUUCACGCUGCUCUUUGUUGGCGAGCAGAUCUUUGAUAUUGACAGCGGCCGUAAUGCCCCACUCCACGCUCCCCCAUCUGAACACUACACCAUCAUCUUCAACACCUUCGUCAUGAUGCAGCUCUUUAAUGAGAUAAAUGCCCGUAAAAUCCACGGAGAGAGGAAUGUCUUCGAUGGCAUCUUCAGGAACCCCAUCUUCUGCUCUAUUGUUUUUGGUACUUUUGCUGUGCAGAUUGUGAUUGUGCAGUUUGGAGGGAAGCCAUUCAGCUGUCAACCGCUGGACCUGGAAAAGUGGAUGUGGUGCGUUUUCCUCGGGCUGGGAGAGCUUGUCUGGGGACAGGUCAUAGCCACCAUACCCAAUAGCAGGUUGCGCUUCCUGCGGCGGGCAGGCCAGUUAACUCAGAAAGAUGAGUUGCCAGAGGAGGAUGUAAAUGAAGAAAAUGAGGAGAUCGACCAUGCAGAGAGAGAGCUGAGGAGAGGACAGAUCCUCUGGUUCAGAGGGCUCAACCGCAUUCAGACUCAGAUCCGCGUUGUGAAUGCAUUCCGUAGCUCCCUCUAUGAAGGCCUGGAAAAACCAGACUCCAGAUCAUCCAUCCACAACUUCAUGACACACCCUGAAUUUAGGAUAGAAGACUCCACCCCCAGCAUCCCCCUCAUCGAUGACACAGACGAUGAUUCUGCUCGGAGGAGGGGGAAGUUCUCCAGCCAGCCUUCGUCGCCCAACAAGAAUAACAACGCCAUUGACAGUGGCAUCAAUCUCACCAUCGACACCAGUAAAUCAGCUGCUUCCUCCAGCCCUGCCAGCCCUCUUCACAGCUUGGAGACCAGCCUCUAACCUUGAUCCUAACCUCAGCUCUCGACCUCUAUUGUCAUUUCCUAGUUAUCUGGGGGGGCACUACCUCCAGUUCCUCCAGACCUUUAACUGCAACCUUACACCUUGUCACCCGCAGAAUUUCACCCUGUCCUGCUCAGUACUCAUCUUCCAGCCCCCCUUCCCCCAUUUACCACCUACACAGGACACAUCCUGUGGCAAAAUCCAUCUUCACCCUUUAUCCUUGAGCUCUUAAAGCUCCCCUCUCAUCUCGAAAUGGAGAAAAUCUAAAGUAAAUAUGGCAAGGUGAAAAGAAAACUCGACAUGCAAUCAAAAAAGCGCAACAAAGCCACAAAACCUACACAGCCAUCCUGCUUUUGUGGUUGUAUGUGUACGGUGGCUGCGGUGGGUGGUGGUGUGUAUGACUAUAUGCGUGCUAGCAUGUAGUGUAAUAGUGUGCCGCCGACUGCACAUAUGAAUGAACUGUGUCUUUGGUGACACUGGGAGGAGGACGAUGAGAAGGGAGACACUGCUGAGGAGUGAAAAAUCACAAAACAGGACAGACUCUAAACUCCCCUUACGCUCCCUCUCCUCAACAAUAACGUUGUCAAUACUGAUAAUAGUUUAAAUUAAAUUGAAAAACAUUGUUAUUAUUCUGAUUCUCAUUCUGAUUAUUAUUGUUAUUAUUAUUGUUGCUCCUGCAUGAAUGUACAUUACCCAAGUUUUAUUUAAAAGGGUUUUAAUUUUAUUGGAGUUCUUUUGUUGUGAUGGCUAGGCCUCGCGGCGGACUGCUAUUUUACAGACAGCUUCUCUGAGAUCCUGGCCUGCGAAGUUCCCUCUUCUGUGUGGCAUGAACAUGUACCUGACUGUAAAAAUUUAUUUCAUCCAUAAACAGAAAUGUGUAACGAGGUGGUAGGGCUCAACUUGCACAGUAGUUUUGCACCUGUCAGAAAAGAGGAACGCAAAAUAAAAUUGAUGAUGAUAGCAUUUAUGGGAUAUAUUCUAUAAAUAUGAAUACAUAUAAAUAUAUUUAGAGAGAGUUUAUCUUUGUUUGUCGGCAUGUUGCCUUGUUCCUGCUUCAAUGGCUCAAAAUACUUUGACUUAUUUAUGUCUUAAAGAGAAUGUAAUUUGUUUACAACCUCGUAGAGAUAAACUUCCUGGUUUCUAGAAGGAGAGAAGCAAAGCUGGAGCUCAGAAGGACCAGAGCUGUGUUGGUGUGUUAUUACUGAAAAAAACAUGUGUUGGAAUUUGCCUGCUAUCUUUUCAAAUAUUGUAGAUAUUUUUAGAGGAUUGACAAACAAAAAGAAACCAAAAUAUAAUGGGAUAUGUAGUAAAUGUGGAAUCUUAGUAUUACACUAUACGAUUGUUGGGAUCGAGUUGGAGUGGCUUGCCUUUUCUAAACAGAGGCCUCCUUUUUGUGACAGAGGGGGAAUAUUUAAUUUUUUUUCACUACUUCUUCUCUUUUUUAUUGUGUUUUAUUUUCUGUGCUUCAGCGCUGGCCUGGGGUCAGGGCUCGAGUCAAAGGCUGAUAAUCAGGACCUUUACAGUGAACUGUCUACUAGAUAAACCUGCUUGUUCAAAGGAUUUAAUGUUUUUAAAAUAUGUGUGACCAUCAGAAAGGCUUCAGUCGAGUCAUAUUAGAAAUCUGCAAAGUCAUAUUUGGCUUAUCUGUGCCGCACGGAAAUCAGACAUUUUUUUUUGUUUGUUUGUUUUGGUUCAAAAUUUGCAAUAUAUCGUGUUGUUUAUUUUUUAUUUAAUCUGAUUUAAUUUUAGUCUAAAGGAAUUUCCUUUUCCUCUAGCAGAGGGACACAUGCAGCCCCACCAAGCUGUUGGCAUUUUUAACAUCUAAAAAAAAAUGAAAAAAAAUGACAAAAAGAAAAAAAAAGCAAAUUACAACAAAGAUGGAAUGUUGCUUUGACUCUUUUUCUAUAUAUAAAAAAAGACGUUCCUUUUCUGCACUAUCUGGUAAUGAAUGAAAACUUCUGUGGUGUAAUUCUAGAUGUGCUUUUGUGUGUUUUAACCGAGCUUGUCUUCCUGCCGUCACAGAAUAUACAGUACUCUAGCAUCUCAACUGUACUCACUAGUUGUAAACUAUUUAUUGUGCUUUGACCAAUCAGACAUUACCAGAGAGAAGUUACAUACAGAAUGCACAUUUACCCUGUCUUAUUGCACUCAGAAGGACAAGGCCACCUAACUAGCCUGUACUAUUGUUAUUUCUAUUACUAACUGAAGUCAUUGGCAAGCAUGACAUGAUAGGCUCAGUAUGCAACUUGAAAAAAUUGACGGUUUUUCUACUUUUAAAAAAAAAUCCUAUACACUACUACAAUAUAUACAAUCAUUUAUCCGAGCAUCUUUUUUUCUUUUUUAUAUCCUCCUCCUCCUCUGUCGUUUCCCAGUCAAUCUGUCCAUCUGGAGAGGGUGCACAAGCUUUACCAGUCAGCUCAGGCGUGUUGAAAAACUAACAUGGACCAUUUGAAUAAAAUCUAUCUUAUUUAAGUUGAAAACAAUGGUCUGGAUUCUGAUAUUCUGCUCAGAAGCUGUUGAUUUAUUUUGUUUCCUUUCCAAAGUUUUCACUUGACAAUUUAUUUAUUUGUCUGUAAAAAAUUCUAAACAAUAAACAAACAGCGUUUUCAAUAACAAAAAAGACUUAAGCCAACAUUCUCAAAUCACUUUUACAUCCAGGAGGACAUUCAGCUUUAAGAGGAUGCAAAGACCACAAGUAUGAAAAGAAUCUUUGUAAAUACAGCAAUGAGUCCACUGAGGACAGAAACUCCAUGCGGACUGGUGUGAAAACAGGAACUCUUUCUGACUACAUCCACCAUUAUGCACCACAACGAGUCAUACUGCCGACGCAGCUGUUUGGCUGUAUGUAAUCAAUCACUGCUCCUGUCAGAAACACUCCAAAACAUCGUGAUUACGUCAAAAUGAUAACACGUGUUGUAACAACCAAUAAUUAUGUUGACGAUGACACUGACAAUGAUGAUGAUGAUGACGAUGAUGAUGCUGAUGAUAAUGAUAUCAAUGAUACUUCUUGCAAUAUACUCUCACCUGCCUCGAUGUACUGUAUUUAGCAGCAUGCAGUUUGUGGAACAAAGAAAAAGAGAAAUGCCAACAGAUAACUUUUUGGCAUACUUAGCCAUUUAUGGGUAAGUGAUUUAAGUGUUCAUCUUGUUUUUAUGAUAUUUUUUUUAUCUAUACAAUAAUUGUAAAUAAAGAACUCAAUGUCUUUGUUCAUUUAAUACUAUGCAAAAAGUCAUGCUUUUCUGAUUGUUACCCACCCUUAAUCCUAGAGUGUGUUGCUGGAAUGUUUGUGGUUUCAAAAGUCAGUGAAAACAUGUGAUGUAAAUUAUUUUCUAGCUUGAGGAAAAAGUUAAAUGAUGAUGAAAAUUAUUAUUAUGAUACCCAGAGGAGGAGUACAAUAAUAAUGGUGGUGGCAGUAAUGAUGAUGAUGAUGAUGAUGAUGAUGAACUGUGACUCUUGCUGCUUGACUGUCCCAUUUACCACACUCCUGACAGGAGCGCAAGUGAAAAACAUAAUAAAAACAAAAAAAUGAAAAAUCACUAAAUAAAUCUCCCAGAGCAGCAUGACCCAGCAUGGUGUGUCCUGGCCCCGUGUGACAUGUCCUGUUCUGAUUCGUUGUGCUUUACUUACCAGUGUCCACUUUG